UGCUAUCGGGAACAGUGUGACCUGCGCUGUUCGACGGCAGUGUCGGAGUCAGAGUUUUGUUACGUGUAGAAAAAUAAUAAAAGCUCUGUGAAAAUUGUGCAAAUCAUUCUAAACCGUUAACCAAAAGAUAAUUUCCUCGCUGCUAAGAUGAAGUUCCGCGCCAAGAUGCAGGAUGUGCUUUACAUGCGCGAGUUCCAGGCCAUAGUUGCAACGCUGGCCAAGCUGGCCAAGGAUUGUGUAAUGAUAUUGGCGCAGGAGCGAAUGCACUUCAUAGUUAAUGAGGAUCACAGUUCGACAUCGUCGCCACUAGUCUGGGCCAGCAUUGCGGCCAAAGAUUACUUUCCUGAGUACAAAAUGAGCCCAGCUCGACCCGAUCACGAGUUCAUAGUGCUGGCCAUGUCCGCCUCUCAUCUGAGUCGCUCUCUCGCGGUACUACGCAGCGGAAGUACAAGCUCGGUGCACAGUUGCAAGUUGAAGCUGAAGAUGAUACAAUUCCCGUGUAUUUCAGUGAUUGCUUCGGUGGUUUCGCCUAGCUCUUCAGAGUCACGCGAAGUGGUUCAUGAUGUGCCAGCCACCAUAAUCCCGUCCAGCGACUGGGCCGCCUAUGUGCUGCCUAAAGUGCCGCGUGCGGAGAUUGUGCUCGGUUUGCCGUCGUUGCGCCUUAUGCGCAGUUUGAUAGAUAAGCUGAAGAACAUCGCGCCGAGUCUUGUGUUUCAUGGCAGUGCGGCGGGGGAAUUGAAUCUGGUUUCUGAAUCGGAUAUGGCCACAAUCACCACACGCUUUAGUCGUUUGAUGCCGUAUCCGGCCACCAAAGAGUCGCAGCAGGUGGCAAGUUGCGAGGAGGCUUCAUGCUCUGUGGACUCACGGAAGGCGUCGGCAUUUUUUGGGGCACUGCAGCUGCCCAACGAGGAGAUCAUCAUUGGCAUCGAUCGGGAACACUGCAUCUAUUUGCAGCUAGACAUACGCAACAAUGUUGUGUUGCAUUCCAUUCUUCCAGCUGUUUGUAUUUAGAAUUUAAAAUAAUUAUCUUUACCCUGCAAAUAAAUGCAAUCGAUAUAUAAGUACAAUGUU